AUAACUAUUUCAUUUUUAGUUGGACCAUGUGCUUUAGAUUAUUCGCGUACUAAGUCACAUGAUCAAUUUUGGACAGACCCACCUGCUGAUGAAUUAGUUCAAAGACACCGUAUAUCAAGUGCUUAUCAUAUAUCUCCACCUUGUCGUACUCCUAUAAAUUACCGUAGAAACCUACAUGCUACAAGUAACGAUGAUAAUCAAAGACAGCCUCCUAUAUCUGCUAAGGACUACGUGGAAUCAUUGCACCAAAAUAAUAGAGUUACUUUACUAUACGGAAAAAAUAAUGUUUUAGUUCUACCGAAGGACGUAACUGAACCAAUGGCAGGUUAUUUAUCCCUGCACCAAACUGCUAGCUCGUUAAUUAUAAAAUGGACUCCAAAUCAACUAAUGAAUUGUCAUUCUCCUGGUACUAACCAGAACGAUCAUCCUGAAGUCGAUCCAAACAUCAAAAGCAUGAAUUAUACGAAUUACAUUUUACGUAUUAUCAACCAGUAUUGGGACUAUGCAAUGAAUGUUAAUGUAGAUGAAAUAGUGUAUGUCCAUUGUCAUCAACAAGGAAAUGACAAUGGCGGAACUAUAGUAUUAGUUGCACAAGAUGGUGUGCAACAACCACCAAUACAUUUUCCUCAAGGUGGUCACUUACUAGCAUUUCUUACUUGUUUAGAAAAUGGUUUAUUACCUCAUGGUCAACUGGACCCUCCGCUAUGGCCUCAAAGAGGAAAAGGAAAAGUAUUUCCUAAACUACGUAGAAGAGGACGAUCACAAAUACAAGAUAUUUCAAAUGAUUUAUCUAGUAGUACAGAAGAAUCACGAGAUUAUGUAUUUCAAAUAAUUAGUAAAGCUAGACAUGAAGAAUUUUUAUCUAGAGGAGAAGAAAUUUUAGAUUCCAAAAUUUGGUCUAUGCCUUUAGCUGCAAAUAAUAUGCUUAACCGAGUAAGAGGUCAUUUAGAGUCAUCGUCAACUAAUUCAUCAUCCUCUACAUCUAGCAGUUUAGAUCCUGUAGCGUCUCCAUUAUUAAUUAGCAAUCAAAAUAUGAAUAAAGAUACAGGUGAUUCGUUACAAAUAUUAUGCGAAACCAUGAAGAAACAAAUCAUAUCAAGAGCAUUUUAUGGGUGGCUGGCAUAUUGUCGUCAUUUGACAACUGUACGAACUCAUUUAUCUGGUCUCGUCAAUACUAUAAUAGUAGAUUCUAAUGAAGCGGAAGCAGGAUUAACUAAAGAAAAAUGGUAUUCAUUUAAAAAUGACUGUGAUCUUGUUAAUGAUGAAGUGAAGUUUGAAAUUUUUAGACUAACUUAUUUUGGUGGAGUUCAACAUGACAUUCGAAAAGAAGUAUGGCCAUUUUUAUUAGGACAUUAUAAAUUUGGAAGUACAGUUCAAGAACGCAAUGCUGUUGAUUUACGUUGCAAGCAAGAGUAUGAAACAACAAUGUCUGAAUGGAUGGCCGUUGAAGCAAUUAUCAGACAAAAAGAUCGUGAAACUAUGGCAGCUAAUUUAGCAAAGCUUUCUAGUGAAAGUACUUCUGGUGGAGAUGCACCACCGCCCACUCCAAACAACUCAAAAGUUCUUAGUCAGGAACUCAGUAAUGACGUAUUUGAAGAUAACAUAAAUUUUUCAUCUGAUGAAGAUAAUCCUCCGGUGGUUGAUGACACUCAAUUAGAAAAUAAUAUUGAUUUGUGUGACAGUACAAAUAAUCAUCCAAAUGCAGAAAAGCAUAUAGAGAAUUUGCCAAAAGUAAUUGAUUGUGAUAAAAAAUCGCUAUCGUCAGAUGAAGGAUUGGGUAAAGACGAAGUUACUGAAAAAGAAAUGACCAUUAAAAUUGGAAUUAAAAAUGAGUCUGAAAGUAAA